CACCCACCUAUUCUGCCGUUUAACCUUGAACGCUCACGUGUUCUGUUAUGUGACAGAUGUUGAUCGCAAAAGAAAGCAGUUUCUUGCGCAGAAUCCACUUAUCUCUUCUCAAAAGAAAGGUCAACUCCCCACAAUGUUUAUCGAACGCGCUGAAAAAUUUGCCAGUAAACCUUUGUUGGAUUUUAAAGCCGGAAAACACAAGAAUCGCGAUGGGAAAUCUGAUGCGGCUCAAUUCAGGACAGCAAGAGAUCAGCAGCAGAUUGGGACCACACCCCCGAAACUCAGUGCCUCGGAACGAGGUAAGCUUGGAAAAGCCGGGCGUUUCAUUGGUUACCUAGUUCGAGGCGCAGCAGCUGGUGGCAUUUACGAUACUCAGAAAUCGCUAUCCAUGAACAAUGUGAUUUCACCAGACGAGGCGGGUGACCAGGACUCCAAAAUGUCCCAACGAUCCACACUGACUGACGAGAAGAACAGGACCCUAGUACCAAUCAGCAGGAUUGAGCAACUUCGUUCCACAGAACUGCAAAAUCUCCACCGGUAUCCUUCUUUCGAGUCGUUAGACACCGCAAUGUCAGUGAGCACUUCAUCGUCGCGUAGUGCGCAUGUCGUUCACGACUCACGUCGACGUACUCUUUUGCAUGAUAACCGGGACCGUGAUUCAACAACCAGCUCAAUGCUUCGAAACGACAUGCUGGAUGACACGACAAGCAGUCUUUUGUCAAGUUCUAACACUUCAAGUGUCUACUCGCCGGUCACGAAUGCUGAAAGGGCCAGUAUGCUACCGCGUGAAGGUUUCUUUUGGCGCAUCAGACUGUAUUUGAAACUCUCGCGUGGGUUGCCCAGCACCAAUUCCAAAGGGAAAAUUGAUCCCUACGUGAAGGUGAAAUAUCGCGGGAAGACCCUCCGGCGCACAGUCACGGUGUUUGGCAACCGCAGUCCGGUGUGGGACGAGACAUUCUACGUCGCAAUAAAUAAUUUAGAAUAUCCCAUGGAACUUCGCGUUUAUAACCGGGAUGCGUUCAAAAAAGACGACUAUAUUGGACGCGUGUUGGUCCCGUUGAAGAACUUGAGCAUAGGAAUACAACAGGAAUUUACUAUGAGGCUGGAAGAUGAGACAGGAAGAAGUGUUGAACAAAACCUUGGCGAAGUUAACUUUUUCAUGACUUUAAAUGAAACUCCGGAAGGCAGCGUCUCGUCGGACCGUCGCCAGUCACUGUUGAAACAACUAAAAACCGACCGACAGACAACACAGUCUUUCCAUACACGAAGCCCGCUUCAUCAUCUGGUCACCCCAUCAGCAAGCACACGACGUGCUGGUAUUGCAGCUUGGUGUGAGAGCAUGAGCAGUCUAACCCGUGGGGUGGCUCACGAAGUUAUCUCCAAUAUGUUCUCGGAAGAACCUGUGGAGCAAAUGAUGGAGGACGAAUGGGUGCACGCGAGCAACAUCAGUUUCCACCAACCUAGAUGGCCACCUUGCUUUUUCGACGGGACUAAGAUCGAACUGUACACAAACAAUUUAGAAAAUCGGACAAAACCGAUGUCAAUCAACCAGCUUAGCCAGUUAGCAAUCAGACGCACUGACGUUCGACUGGACCAAAUGUACACACGAGCACGCUUGGUUGUGUGGUUGUUACGAGGCGAAAAUCUUGGCGAAUACGUCGAAGGUCAACCGAGCAGUUCCCCGACCCAAAAAGUCAAAAUACUCCACGGUCGAGGAAUGGAGAAGGCAGUGCUCGGACGUCCGUUGAGCAAAGCUGACACAGAACCUCCAUCACCAGUCGCCCAUCUGUGCGUCGGGAAGACGGUGCACCACAGCAUGGUAAUUCAUCAAACGCGCGAUCCACUUUGGCAUCAAGGUUUUGAAUUUCGUGUCAGACUUGGAGAGAAGACAAUUCUGAAAGUGGAAGUCUUCGACGCAUCCACUGCUCUGGAACCCAUUCUAGCACAGGCAUAUCUGGAUUUCACCAAACUACUGCCUGAUUGGACGAACUGCUUCACCUUGAAAAACUCUCUUGAAGGUCGGUCCGGACGGAUCGUUCUGCUGGCCACUUUGACAGGGUUCAGCCGACCACCGGAUCUUUUCUCCGUCGGGUCGAGCAACUCAACUCACCGAUCGCCCACGGAAGACCACACAGUACCAGAGCCAACUGAUGAGGUGGUAUUGUUGCCAUCACCCCAAGGUCGAGUGAGCGCUGAACUCUUGAGCGAAGUGGUGUCACAUUUCGGACUGAUGCGUACUUUGGAGUCCCGAUCCGACGUGGGUUGGCUGUACAUUCACAUACAACAAGCUAGAGAGCUGACAUCCAAAGACCGAAACGGAAAACUGGACCCAUAUUGUGCACUUAGAUUGGUCAAUCGUUGUGCAUAUACAUCGACAGUGUACAAAACAAAUAACCCCACGUGGAAUCAGUCCUUUGUCUUUCCAAUCGGCGAUCUGUACGAUGUACUGCACAUAACGGUACUUCAAGAGGAUAAAGAGGAUUCUGAGUUUCUUGGGCGCAUAGCUCUUCCAUUGAUCCAUAUUUCAAACAGAAAGGGAAGAUGGUACGCGUUGAAAGACAAACAUUUAAUCAGACGCCGUAAGGGUGCCCUGUACAUAGAAACCUAUAUUGUAUGCAACCAGAUACGUGCUGCAAUACGUGCUGCCUACCCAAGGGAGAAAGUUUUAGUGUGGAGCAGUAGCAGAGUGAAGUUACGGAACCUGUUGUGGAAGUAUGUACCGAAACUGCAACAAAAGAUUGACCGGAUCACUCCAUAUGCGAAUUCGCUCACUAAGAGUACACAAAUCUUGCGAAGUUUGUACCUCUGGGAAAAUCACCUGUACUCCACCGUCUUUCUUACUUCCGUCUGUUUCGCCGUACUAUUCGUCCAACCAUACAUGUUGUUCUCUGGUUUGGUACUCGGUUUGAUUUGCAGUCAAGUCCCAAAUGUUAUCCACAUGAGACCCAACUCACAAGUACCAAGAUCGCCCACUGUGCAACCGUACACAGACAGCGAAGAUAAUGAAGUCGAACAAACGGUAUUGGAACCAGAAGAGAACCUGGAUGAUUACUCGGACAGUGAUUCUGAUGAUCAGGAAACCAAACUGAAAAAGGACAAGAAAAAACCGCUAAAAAUCAAACUGCGGAAAGCAAGGGAGGUCAUGGGAACGCUGCUGGAUGUUAUGGAGGGAAUUGCUUCGGCAGUGGAAAAAUUCGACAGCAUAUUCCGGUGGCAAGUUCCCUGCCUAAGUGGACUGGUACUUCUAUUCCUAAUUUUCCUAACCGUGCUCACAUUCUUUGUGCCAAUGCGACUGAUAAUUGUCAUUUAUGUGCUGAAGAAAUUUACACGGAAUCUACGGAACCCAGGACCAGGUGAUGCAUCGCCUUUGUCCUUUGUUUUACGAGUCCCCGAUAAAGUGGAGAAGAUUCAAUAUCGAUUACUCCGGCCAUAUGUGGGUAAUACGUUGCACUCCAGAACAUGACGCGCAGAAGUUCGCCAGGCUCCUCGGCUACAUAUUCCAAAGCAUAAUGAACCAAUUCCAUUCAUUCACUGUCAUUUUUAUUGGAAGGAUAACUGCAAGACAAACCGAGUUCCUUUUCGUCUGUUGUGAUUGUCUAAGGAUUUAAUGAGAAGUCACUGACAAUGAUAUUAAAUGUUUUCUACUAUAGAA